AAUAGCAUUUUCCACCACACGGGAGAAGAGAUCUACACGCUGAAAAUUUCCACGCUGCUCGUACGGCCAUAGGCCCCUCAGACUUGAGUAGAAAUCUUCAUCACAAAGAUACGAGAGCAGAGGAAAAAAACAACAACAAAGAUGGAGGCUUUCCAGAGAAUAGCGGAGAAGGUGAAGUUGUUGAUGUCCAAGAAGUGGGGAUGGGUUGUGACCAUCGCUUCGUUCUGGAUCUUCUCGGCAGCUUUCGGCACAAUGUAUUCCUUCGGCAUCUUGCUGGUCGAGUUGCAGGAGGAAUUCGACAGUGGAGCAUCUGAAACAGCUUGGAUCGGUUCUAUCGCCAUCGGUCUGCACACACUCGGCACGUUCGUCUCUAGCGCCCUCGUUCGACGGUUCGACAACCGACCUGUCGCCAUUGUCGGCAUCUUCCUUUGCUUCAGCAGCGUCAUCAUUACGUCACUCAUGCCCGUCCUGGAGGCCCUGUACUUCACCUUCGGUGUCGUGUACGGGAUCGGGAUCAACUUCGUUGUCAUCUCAUCCAUCAAUUUGAUCCUCCGUUACUUCCCAACCAAGAACUGCUCAAGAGCGACCGGUCUUGCCCUAACAGGCACCACAAUAGGAAUGCUUAUUAUGAACCAAGUUGUGCACCAUCUCAUUAUCUCGUGGGGUUGGCGCAACAUGCUUCGCGUCGUUGGUGGCAUUCUCCUCUUUGUGUCCGUACCGUGUGUCACAACCUUCGUCCAGCCGUCCUCUAAGAACCUCAUCCAGGCCGACUCGGUGGCCCCUCUCGAAGAUGAAGACGAGCUGGACGAGGAGAAAGCCAAGCUCAGGGAGGCUACCUCGGAGAUCACCGAUGAAGAGAAACUAAGACUGAAGGAGAAGGAGGCGAGUGAAGAUAAGGAAGUUGUGAAGGAGGGAAGAUGCAGUCGGUUAAGGAACGUUGCGUACCCGGAACUCUGGUUUCUGUCCUUUGGAAUCACCGGAUGCUGCAUGACCAUGACGUUUUACUACGUCAGUAUGGUGAGCUUCAUGACCACAAACGGCUUCGAUAAAUCAGACAGCGCCCUCUUUAUGAUGGUGGUGGCCAUUUCAGAGGUGGUAGGCAAGGUCGUCAUCUCGGCCGUAGCAGACAGCCUACCAUUCCCCAAGAUCUACCUCUUCGUGUUGGCCAGUAUUCUCGGUGUCGUCGUGAUGGUGGUGCUUCUCGUUGCCAGCUCCCUUGGGCUCAUGCUUGGGCUCGCUGUCGUAACCGGAAUGAUCGUCAUGUCAAUAUUCGAUACUCUGCCAUAUUCGAUCUGCGUGGAGGUUUUUGGGUCAGCCAAAGCUGCCGAUACGUCAUCUGUUGUGCUCUUCAUGAGCGGGGUUGGUCUCGUCAUGGGAUCGUUAUUAGGCAUGAGUGUAGACAAUACCGGAAACUAUGACUCAGCCAUCUAUGCAAGUAUUGGAAUCUAUUCAUUGUCUGUUUUGCUUUACCUCGCCGUACCCUUGUACCAAAGACUGUUUGCCAAAGAGAGAUACGUAAUGGUCAGGAACAGACGAAAGGCCCUGCUGAUGGUGGAAGAUGGCCCGGAGCCAACCUUCGCACUCUCUCCUCUACCAUCCCCGGAAUAUAUCUUCACAGACAUCGUCAGUGUUGUAUAACAUACGGCGAGAGCAAGUUCUUAAUGUAUAUUAAUUUAAAAAAAACACAGACAAUGCUGCAAGAUUUACUAAAUUAUUUUGAUAUUUAUAUAAAAAAAUUCCAAGUGAGUUUUGAUGAGCGGAAGAAUAAGACCAGGAAACGAGCGACAAUUGCGACCAAAGAAAAUGCAGCGACUGGUUGGGAGAGCGAACGGAGAGAGAUGGAGACUGCCUUGAGUAGUCAAGUGUAUAAUAAUAAAUUAUGAGGUUUACUUCAAAUGAAGUCAGUGAAAUAGAGUGCAACUAGGGGGAUGCAUAGAGUGAAACAAAGGGUGAUAGUGACGGUGUGAGAAAGUGUGAGAGAAAGAUAGUUUUUAAGCUUUGUGAAAGCUGAAUAAAAAGCUGGGUGAAAUAUGGGUGAAAUAUGGGUGAAAACUUGGUGAGACUGUGUGAAAGCUGUGUGUAGGCUGGGUGAAAGCUGGGUGGAGCUCGGUGAGAGACCAAUGUAUGUAUGUAUUUAAAGUCGUGAGAUUCGGGGCUUGGAUAGAUCAAGACAACGAAAGAGGCAGGCGUUUCCUGUCAUGUAAAGACCUUUAUCACGGUGCGGCCAUCUUGAUUUUCUUACAUUCAAAUCAAUGUAAUCAAACCGAGGUUAGAAGAAAUAGUCUGGUUCCCUUUUUGGGGCAAGACAUAUUAGCAUUACGCACAGAUAUUGGAUUACAGGGAUGAUGACUAAGAUGGCGGCACAGCAUGAUAACGGUCUAUACUCAAAACAUUGGGAUUUGAACUUAUUAUACGUUCUUAUAAAGAAGUAUGGGUUUUGGAUGGGGUUUCAAAGGGUGGAUGUUAUGUACACACAGGGAGGUUGUGGUUACACAAUUACUUCAUGCGGGUAUUUUGUUUCAUCAUCGCACACCGUAAAAAUGUAAAAAGACAUAAUAUCAUUUUAUUUAUAAGACAAUAGAGGCUGUAGGAAAUACUUUAAUGUGAGGUGAAUAUCAACUGGAUUGAUACAACAAAAGUACAGUAUUUUAACUCGGAACAAAAUUUAUGUUUCAAGAGUCAAACCGUUUUAAAGAAUAAUGGUUUUGAAAAUAUAAAUGUCGAAAUUCUAUAAAACAAUAAAUCUCUUUUAUAUUUCCUCACAAUAUUGUUAUACUUUGAUAACAAAUAACAAAAAGAAAAUCUUGCAGACGCACUCCUCAAAACUAUUUGUGACCAGAUAAAACGAGGACAAUUACUGGCGUUUAUCUACCCAGAAUAUUAACUUUAUGAAGUUUGUGAAAAGUCACAAUGUUGGUUUAUUGAACAUAAAAAUAUGUAAGAAAAAAGAAACGAGGUCUGUGGAAUAUCUGGUGUCAUUCAAAAUGUGGCGUUUAAAAAAGACUGAAAACGCAGAAAUGACACAAACAUUUUUCUUGUUUGUAAUCUGGUCACAUCUUGUUUUGGAUACAUAAUACACAUCGGUGUUCUAAACAUUUUUUUUCAUCUUGUCUAUCAAACUUAAAAAAGGGAUCUACAGAAAGCAUUUUUGAAAUAGUAAACAAAGUUAAGAGUGAAUUUGUGAUUUAGAAGUGUUGUUUGGGAACUAGUUUUGUUGAAUGUUUUUUUUGUGUUCUAAAAACACUACAUUGCCAUCUCAACCAACAUCUUUGCCGAAUUAAAGUAUUAAUCAGCGAUUUUUUUAUUAAGUUAUUAUUCGAAAUGGAAUACUUUUCUUUCGAUGACGAGGGCCGAAUGAAUACUUAAUAUAAUUAUAAUACUAUAAUAUUAUAAUAAUAUAGUAUUAUAAUAUUAUAAUAAAUAAAUGGUUUUGUAUUAUGAUGUCAUGACAUGAAGCAAGAAAUAGCAAAAUCAAAAUAUCUCCAACUGUAUAACAGCUGAGACCAGAGUGUGAAUUUGUAUUAUAUAUUUAUUUUUUUCGUCAUGCACUCUGGGAUAAAAAUUCUUUCAUGAAUGGAACAAAACAAAAACAGUGAGAUAUUUCUCUUUUUGUUUUCUUGCUUCAUGUCUUGUACAUUGAAGUAAUGAUAUAUUGAUAUGUAAAUAAAAGAAUAUAUUAUAUUGACAUUUUGAA